GUUGUUUUGUCGUCUGUCCCAGGUAUCCAUUCUACAUGCUGGCCUGCAUCGACACAGACUGGAAGCUGCUGACCUGGCUGAGAUACUCCAUCUGGAUGCCUCUCUACCCUCUGGGGGUGCUGGCUGAGGCUGUAGCUGUGAUCCAGUCCCUGCCUCUCUUCGAUGAGACCCGUCUGUACAGCAUCCCUCUACCUCCGGUCCUGGGCUCGUCCUUCAGCUUUUCCUUCACUCUGAAGAUCUACCUGGCCCUCAUGUUCCUCGGUCUGUUCAUCAACUUCCGCCACCUGUUUCGCCAGAGGAGGAGACGAAUGCGCUCCAGGAAGAGGAACAUGAACUGACGGAUAGAAAGACACCCCUCCCGGUCUCUCCAGUCUCACUGCUGGUUGUCUUUUCACACCUCUCCUCUCCUCACACCCCUCCUCUCCUCACACCUCUCCUCUCCUCACACCUCUCCCGGUCUCUCCAGUCUCACUGCUGGUUGUCUUUUCACACCUCUCCUCUCCUCACACCCCUCCUCUCCUCACACCUCUCCUCUCCUCACACCCCUCCCGGUCUCUCCAGUCUCACUGCUGGUUGUCUUUUCACACCUCUCCUCACCUCACACCCCUCCUCUCCUCACACCUCUCCUCUUCUCA